AUGUCGCAGACUGUGGCUCGUGCGGUUUCUUUUUUAGUGUUCCAAAUAUUACUAUACAAUUCACUAACAUUGUCGAUGGGACAAUUCAACUUUUUUAAUCGACCCCAAUUUCGUACUAUCAGUAGAAGUCCAUCAAACGGACCAAUGUUUCUAAAUGCCAAAACAUAUUUAACAGUUUUGCCAAGCAACGUGCCAGUAGUACCAUGCUUCGAAACAACCUUUACUCCAGAACCCUUGAUACUAACAGAAAAAACAGCAACAAUCCUACACAAAGUACACAAAAGGGAUGAAGAAGUUGAUGAUGUAAUGACAAUAGCGUGUGAUUCUGAAGAAGUUCUCAAUAAUAAUUGUGAUUUUGAGUGUGAUUUGGAAGAAAUAUUACCUUUGAUGGCAGCGGCGCAAAUUAUAUCAUACGUGCCAAGAAGUUCUGUAUCUCAAAAUAUUGUAGGUAAUAUUAAUGGCUACAGACCAGUCAACGUGGGUAUACCAAUAGCCAGAAAUGUGCCAAACACAAUAGCAGCUAUACCAGCCACCAACGGAGUAUCCCUGUCGCCUGCCAAUAUAGCAAAUGGCAUGAUGAAUGGAAAUUUAAUGAACGGUCAAGUUACUAAUUCACAAAUUGUCAACGUUCAACCUGCCAAUGCUCAAGUUGCCAGUAAUCAACUUGCCAACGCUCAAUUAGUCAAUGCAGUGAACGAAAACGCCGCUAUGAUUACCAAUCAAGAAAUUGCCGCUAUUAAUAAGGCUAACUUAGCUAACGCUGGCAAUGCCAAUCUAGCUAAUCUAGCUGGGAAAUUGGCAAACAUAAAUGGUAAUGUCGCCACUUUUGACCUUGGUAACGCCUUCACUGUGACCAGUGGAUCCCCUGGAAAUCAAGCUUUUGGGAUCCAACUCUUGGCGGACGCAUUGGAAAUUGGUGGUACUGUUGCUGUUAAUGGUCAGAUACCAAUCUUUGGCACCGUUGCUCUUAAUGGCAAUUUACCCACAGAUGGUACUGCAUCUGUUAGCUACAGCUGUGAUCAACCAGCAGCUAGCACUACUGUA